AUGUCGUCUGUGAAAGCUGAUUUGGGUGUGGAUGCACUGACUUGCAAAUACGGCCUUCGAUCUCCAUUAAGAACCUCUUGGACAACUGCAAAUCCUGGGAGGCGCUUUUUUGGGUGUUCCAUGUAUGAUGCACAGAAGAAAGCCGGGCAAUGCCGUUUUUUCGUUUGGUUUGACAAAAAGACAUGUCCCCAGGGAAAGGAAGUGCUGCCUCAAUUACGUAAUGAAUUGAAUUGCUUGAAGGAAGAGGUUAUACAACUUAGAGCACGGAAAAGGCAGCUUACUCAAAUGUUGCUAUUUUUGACAGUUGUGUUUAUUGCUUUUGUGGGAGUAUGGUUGAUGGGGUGCUUGUAA